UGACUACAUUUCCCGUAAACACAAAACUCUCCAGUUAGGUGGACGUGUACAUGCGUGUUGAUUAAAAUGUUAGUCUCCCGGCUUGGUUUCAGUUACUGAAGGAACGUCACUGUAGCUAUCGUGAGCAGAAAUGGCAGGAGAAAUGUCUAUAAUCGGUUCGGUGAUUUUAGCCUUAUUCCUAGCUGGAUAUUUAGGUCAGCAGUAUCUACCUCCUCCUAAACCCAGAGUCAUCGGGCUCGAUCUCGGGACGACGUUUUGCUCCGUAGCCGUCUUCCAGCCAGGGACGGGAGACGUGGAGGUGAUCGGAGACGAGAAGGGUAGAAAAAGCAUCCCUAGUGUGGUGUCCUUUACAGAGACGGGGGUUUACGCCGGACACGAAGGCCAGGAGUUGGCUGAUGUCAAUCCGCAAAAUACGGUUUAUGAUGGCAAGCGAUUUAUCGGGAAGAUUUUUGACCAGAAGGCGCUGGAGCAGGAGAGCUCUCGUUACCCCUUCAAGGUCGUGCUGAACAACGACAGUGCCGAGUUCCUGCUCCAGACGAACGGCACCUUCACCGUGACACCCGAGUUCAUCGGCUCUCGGCUACUGUUAAAGUUGAAGAAAAUGGCGGAGCAGUACCUCGGGGUCCUCAUCGACAAAGCAGUGAUAUCGGUGCCCGCAGAGUUCGACGAGCGGCAGAGAAACUACACUAUCAGAGCUGCAGGAUUAGCAGGGCUGGAAAUCUUGAGGGUCAUUAACGAGCCCACAGCAGCGGCGAUGGCAUACGGGCUUCAUAAAGUGGACGUGUUUAACGUACUGGUGGUGGAUCUGGGAGGAGGAACGCUGGAUGUGUCUCUGCUCAAUAAACAGGGCGGGAUGUUCCUCACCAGGGCCAUGGCAGGAAAUAAUAAGUUAGGAGGACAGGACUUCAGCCAGCGACUCUUCCAGCACGUCAGCGACCGAGUGCUUCAGCAGUACGGCAUCGCCCUGUCGUUAAAAGAGGACGUCCAGCGUCUGCGUCAGGCUGUAGAAGAAGCCAAACUCGGCCUGACUGUGAACUCUAGCGUCACCCUUAAAGUCCCCCUGCAUCUCCGGACCUCAGGAGCGCAGGAAGAACGCGUCACCUUCCAGCAGGAGCUCAGCCGCCAGCUCUUUGAGGAACUUAACGCAGAUCUCUUCCAGAAGAUCCUGGCCCCCAUCGAGACGGUCCUGGCGGAGGGACGUCUGGAAAAAGACGAGGUGGACGAGGUGGUGCUGGUGGGCGGUUCCACGAGGAUUCCUCGCGUCCGCCAGAUCAUCAGCGAGUACUUCGGGAAGGAGGUAAACACGCGCGUAGACCCGGACCUGGCCGUAGUGACGGGCGUGGCUCUACAGGCGGGCAUCAUGGGAGGAUCGUGGCCUCUGCAGGUCAGCGCCAUCGAGAUUCCCAACAGACACCUGCGCAAGACCAACUUCAGCUGAGACUCGGCAGCAGGCGGAGGAACUCGAGAUGCAGCCACAAGUCAUGAAUAAUUUCCCCUCCGAGUGGAAAGUCUCUAUUUGGACGUUUAAAGUUUCAUACGAUCUGCCCAACAUUUUUAACUCCCGAUCACUCGUGCACUAAAACACAGCAAACUUGACAUUCAGCCACACAGAUCGUGUGGGUUCUUUAAGAGAACAGUUUAUAUUUUUAGGUAAAGCAGGGUGGGUGGAACACGUGACAUGUUCUGCCUACAUUUCUGAAAGCUUUAAAGAAGGUGAUCUUCAUCUAACUCUAAAGGUUCCAGGACCAAGCUGUAGGGUUUCUACAGAAGCUCUAAACUCACUAGGAGACCUCGUACGUGUUGCCGGGCAACAUAGAAAAUAAAAUAUAGAAGAAAGUGUAUGAAUUGGAAUGAAGCACUAGAUUGUUUGUUUAUUUUGGCAAGGAGAAAAAGAACACAUUAGAACACAGCAGAGUUCCAACGCUGCAGUCACACGGAUCCAUCAGGAACGCACUUCCAGCUACACGUUACAGUAAGAGUGACCAGACGACGACGGGAUGGAUGACACACAGAGUUAAAGCUCCACCGUCUACUAAAGUUCAGUCGUAACCUUGAUGGAAACCGAGGUCAGACAAAAGACAAAACUAAUUCACACGAUGCGAGAGAAAGAAAGAAAGGAAGUGGAGGAGAAAGAACAUAAUCAGAACAGACCACCAGACUUUCAUCAGCUAAUUAUUUAUUUUUAUUAUAACCUCUCAGCCAGAUCAUGACUGAUAUUUAAGUCACUGAGUUUACAGCUUUUUGUUUUUGUUUGUUUGUUUUUUUUUAAAUUUAUUUUCAAUUUUAGUAUUUUUUUUAUUAAUUUCUUUUCAUUUAAAUGAUUUUUUUUAAAGAAAUUUGCUGCUCUUAUUUGUGCAUCAUGAGCUGAUCGUGGUUCAUCUUGCCUUUUUAAUUUUUUUUGGGAAACUUAAGCUGAUCUGUUUUGCUCACCAAAAUUCCUUAAAGACUUCUACCAUCUAAACGUGUCCGUGUUCAGGCUCUUAAACGCAGCUAACACGUGUACAAAACACAAUUCCACACUGUCUCAUGGUCAGUACUGUAUUUUACAUAUUUAAUGUAUAUUUUUGUCAUUUUUUUUGUAGCACAUCAUCUUACAUUUCAAGCUUGGAAGGAAAAAUGUUGCACUUUAAAAUACAGAAGUAUAAAUGUUUGUUUUUUUUUUCUGUCAGUCUGGAAUUAAAAAGGUAACUGUG